AUGUCUGAGGAAGAUGACAAGGGAUCACCGGUCCAGGUUUACGUGUAUGACCUUUCUCGCGGACUCGCAAGGGUCUACAGUCCCAUGAUGCUUGGCUUUCAAAUUGAUGCAGUCUACCACACGUCGGUUGUAGUUCGUGGCAAGGAAUACUACCUCGACCAAGGCAUCCGAGCCAUCCCUGUCCACUCUUCACACCACCUGAAAUACGGCCAGCCGCUCGAGAUAAUCGACGUGGGGGAAACUUUUAUCGAUGACGAGAUAUUGCAGGAGUUUAUCGCGGACUUGAAUAACCACGACGAGUUAAAGUACCAUGCUGAGAAAUACGACUUGUUCACCAACAAUUGUAACCACUUUACCAACACCUUGAUUGAGUUUCUUUGCGACUCGCAGUUGGAGGAGCGGAUAUUGAAGCUACCCGAGGCCGUGCUAGCCACGCCCGCUGGCCAAAUGUUGAGACAAAUGAUUCAAAAUCAAGCCUAG